AUGUCAACUAAAGAAACACUCGAGAUUAGCCCUAAUGAACCCGCAAGUGAUAACGAAGCAACACAACAGACUGAAGACCAGUAUCAUGGUCGUAGUACGAGUGACAAGUUGGAAUACGCAAAAUCACUACUUGGUGACGUGGCUGUAACUGGUGAAGUAGUUAAGCCUUAUGCGCCUUUAAUCAGCUCACUUACUGAUUCAAUAAGAAGGAUUUAUAAUUCUUAUGAUUACGCACAAUAUAAUAAAAGAAUUAGCAAUGUUUUACUUGAUCGAGUUGAUUGCGUUGGGGCACCCAUAAAAGCUUUGAAAAGACGGAAGGACAAAAUUGAAUCAAAUUUCCUUAAUCAAAAUUACUACAAUGCUUUAAUUCGUCUUCUUGCUAUCUUGAAGAAAACUCAACAAUUCAUCACUGAUGUGUCGUCUCUAUGGAGUUUACGUAAAUUUCCUACGACAAAAAGUAUCAAAGAACGGUUUGAUCGAAUUUCAAAAGAAUUCGAUGAAGUUAUUAUGGACUUAAAUCUUGAGGUACCUCAAGAUAGAGAGUUACAAAAGAAAAAAGAUGCACAAGCUCUGCAAGCAGAUAUUACAAUAUUAAAUGAG